AUGGCGAACGGUCGCAAACGCAAGUCGAAGAUCAUUCGCAAAAAAGGGAGCCCUGUUCAAGGAGAAAUCGAACAGUUCGUUAUUAUAUCAUCAGAGAAAAAAAAGGAACAAGAGUUGAGACAAUCUCAUCGUAUAACGGAUCUAAAGACUUGUAUCCAUUUUAUAAAUGAAGCUGCAACAUUUGUGGAGCGGCAGAGAGAAAAACAACAGCUGCUGGAUAAAUGGAACGCGUAUGCAAAUUGUGAUUCAAUGCCGAAACCGAAUAUCCCGGCGGAUGUCCGUGCGAAAAUGGCUCAAUUCCGAUUAUUCGAACAAAUCAAUGUAGAAUUGACUCGUAAUUGGUUGCUAUUAGCUGAUGAGCACAGUCUUUUGUCGCAAGACAUAUUUUGCAACAAUAUGACGAAAAAAAAAUUGUUGGCAACAGCUGAAAACGAGUUUGAACCGCAAUAUGUACAAACAAUUGAUACUUAUUUGGAGAUGUUACGAAGGAUCGAAUACUUUUUCAAAGAUGAUAAGGAAAGGAACAAAGCCACAAAAGUGGCUUUAGAUCAAAUUGAAGUGCUGAAAGAAGAAUUGCAAAACGAAAUCCGGGCAUUAUUAAAUCGUUACACCUAUCGAGUCUUAAGUGCGGGAUUCUACAAUAAGACAUCACUGGAUCCUUUGACUUGGGAGCAUGCCUUCGUAUCGAGUAACUUUGAAAUGCAAAUAUGGGGCCUAAAAAAUGUUCCAAUACGUUGGACACAUACACCUGAACCACGUUUGUUAGUCGAUUUUCGUAAAUUGAAUUUAAUUCUUCAUAUACCAUAUUCAAUGUUGCGCGAGGGAUUGACUAUACAAGCAGUUCAUACGAAUUUCGAUCAUGUUAGCGAAAGAAUAAAAUACUUUGAGCCGCAUUAUCAGAAAUCAACAGAAACUCUUUCUAGUUGCAUGAAAGAAUUGUCAGAAUGCUUGCUAAAGGAAUUCGAUUUGCAAAAUGAAAUUCAGCAGGAAGUUCGGAAACAGCUUAAAAUACCAAAAGGUAUAAAAAUGCCUAAGGCGCCGCAAAAAAUUGACGACGAUGAGUAUCCGGAUAUUUUCCAGAAAUUUCUUCAAAAGGAAAGUAGGGACCAUAAAACUUUUAUGGAUAAUAUUCAUAGCGCUCAAGUCAUUCAUCUAACUGAUGACGAGAUUAACCUUAAGAAAUUCGUAAUUUUGGGCGGUAUUUAUGAAUUAAAUUGCAUUCAAACGCCCGCAGUUACUGACUUCGGGAAUUACAAUAUGGUUUGGCAUUUGAAUAAUAGAAAUCUCGUUGUUGACGGGGAUGCACGGAUGCGCAAAUAUUCAACUAAUACACAUCGUUCUCGAAAUCAAAGUAUGCUGGAAGCAAGACAAAGCGGCACAAACAUUCUAAAUCCUAACCUUGAGGCGUUAAGGGAAAAAAUUGAUGCCGAAAAUCCUUUUUUUGUAUUGGUAAUUGAAAUACCCGAGUACCUUUGCUAUUGGAGCGAGCCAAUUGUGUGCCAAUAUGAAGUUACUGAGAGACCUGUACGUGUUGAACAAAAAUUUGAAAGACUUGGAAGUAAGACAAGCGACCUUGAAAUUUCGCAUUUAGAUAAUAUUGCAGAAGAUCAGGCAAAUAUGGCCGAACAAUCAACAAUAGUACCUGGUAAACCAGGAAUUGCUGAUGGGUGUUAUGUAAAGGAUUUUCCAUUAAACAGGCUCAUGAGCUUAGAAGAACUGCGUAAAAUAGAGAAAUUUUGUGUUCCCCAAAUGAUAUCUUCAUUCAAAUUUAACAAAGAGAUUCAGGAAGACGAGCAAGGAAAGCGAAAAGAAAAAAGCACUCGUGUCGCUGCCCCGGUAAUGCUACGUAAAUGGGUCAGCUCACUUAACAAAGCCUUAUUUCAUCAUUUUAACUAUGAUGCCGCGCAACAAAACAAUCCGGAGCGAUUGUUUACAAUUUUUGAGGAAGCAGAAUCCUUGCAUUUCUUAAGCAUUCUGGACAAUUUUUCACCAACUCCAUCAUCUGCACCAACAACCUUCUAUCAGUUGAUUAACACAUUGAAAUUGAUUAAACAAAGGUACGAACCUAGCUUUCGCGAUAUACUUGACUUGCCCGAAUUCCAAGCAAAAUUUGAUGUUGCGAAAAAAUGGAGCAAAAAGCACGAAAUGCAAAAGCCAACAAUAAAACCGAUAUCUGUAUCACAUAUAAAACGAGUAACUAAACGACGUUCGGAGUUACGUGGAUCUUCGAGUUCAUUUAAUAGACGACCUACGGUUCUUAAGGGAGAAACUAGUACAGAAAGCACAUGCGAUGGUAGUGAACGCGACCUUAAGGCUAAACGUAUCAAAUAUGAACAUUGGACCACUCGGCAUAUUAGAAGCUCGCAAUACAUUGAAGAAGAACGUAAAAUCAUAAUUGAAACCGAUCGAUUAGGUAUUUUCGGUUUAGCCUAUGAUCGUUAUGAACACUUCCCUUUCAAAUAUUGGGAGUUAAGGCCCAGUGAAAGCAAUCCCGAAAACGAAGUGAUCUUCAUUUUGGAAACUCGACAUGUCGAAUGUACACUGUAUAUAACCAGUGAAGGCAUUCGCGGGGAAGUGACCGAGCCUUCCGCGACACAUAUAAAGAAUCCAAAAAAGUACCUAACUAUUGACAAACCGAUUAACGAUUACCUAAAAUUUCAAAAACUCUUGAAAGAAAGACAUAUUAACAUAUUUCCAAAUCAGGAAGCCUAUUAUUACAUAGAUAAAGGUUAUUUCUCACCAAAGCAUUUAGCUACUGAGAUGCAUACGUAUUGUUGUAUGGCUCUGCAUUGUACACAAGUUAUGUUCAAACAUAGCAUAUGGAAUCGUAUAUCAAGACGACGUGACAUCAUUUUAGAAUAUAAUCAUGUAGCGGAUAAUACUCUGAACAGACUAGAAGUGCAUAUAACACCUGAACAAGCCACAUUCGUUCAAGUUUCUGAAAUAUGCUCAGAAGAUCUCGACGAAAUACGAUUGGCUUACAAUCUUACCUGGCGCAAUCUGGGCUUUUAUUCUGAUUUGCAUCAAACUAUUUGUUCCGUUUACCCUGAUUCACUAGAGUCACGAUGCAGAAACAGUGAACUGAUCUGUUCGGUAAAAUCCCUUCUUAGCGAUAUAAAACCUUUGAGCUUCUCCUGA